AUGCCUGCUGAGUCCAUACUUCUACUGAAGUUUCUUUCAUCUGCACCCACGUUGAUUGCAGACCAAUCUGCCCGUGAUUCUGUGCUGUCAAAAGUACUGCGUUAUCUUGAAUUGGGAUGGCCUGACUCAAUUGAUGAUGACCUGCGCCCCUACCAUAACCGCAGAAAUGAAUUAAGUCUGGAACAGGGAUGUGUCAACAGAAUUGUCAUCCCAAGUAAUCUUCAACCUGAAGUCCUUGAAAUGCUCCACGAAGGGCAUGUUGGUAUUGUAAAGACAAAGUCCUUUGCAAGACGAUACGUCUAUUGGCCAGGCAUAGACAAAGAUAUUGAACAAGCUGUUCGGGUUUGCAACACGUGGCCUUUACCAGGUAACAAGAUGGUCCUCGUGAUCAUUGAUGCACACUCAAAGUGGAUCGAUGCAUUUGUCACUGGAACUGCCACCUCAUCUGCUACAAUUGAAAAAUUAAGAGCUUCAUUUUCUACUCAUGGUCUUCCUGACACAGUAGUCUCCGAUAAUGGCACAUGCUUUACUAGCAAGGAGUUCAAGGACUUCAUGGAACAGAAUGGAGUUCGACACAUAACAGUAGCUCCCUACCGUCCAUCUUCGAAUGGCAUUGCUGAAAAAGCUGUCAACAUAGUAAAGGAUGGACUUAAGCACUCUGAUGGAACUCUAGAAAGCAAGUUGCUGCGAGUAUUGUUUAAAUACCGCGCUACACCUCACACAACUACUAGGGAAACACCUUCAAAGCUUUCUUUCCAAAGCGGUCUGUGUUAG